GUAAGGCUAUGACCAUUUGUAUACUUAAUUAUUGAAGUAGUGGUUAAAAUCUGUGUAUAAAAGACAGAGGGUAUUCUCUAAUAUUCACCAGUCUUCAAGAUUUCAUCCCAGGACAAGAAGCUCAGUUCAACAGAAAUACUACCAAAAUAAAAUGUCGUACCGUACAAUUGCUUCAACUGAUUCAGAGAAUGAACAUUUUAGCGAAUCAAUUGAUAUAAGACCGUCUUUUUCAAAAACAAAACCUGGAUCAAAACGUUCUGCAGAAAAAACAAGUGUUAAAAAACCUAUGAAAAAGAAGCAGAAUAAAAUGAAUGCAUCAUACAGAGAUAAUAUCAGCGAACGCUUGAGAUCAGAAGAUUUUGAUGUUGAAGUAUUUAAUUCGCUAACAUUCAGACAAGGAGAUGGCGUUGUGACAAUAAAGACGCCUUUUGAAGAAAAAGGAAAGGAUCUUUGGGUGCUAAGUCAUUAUAAGGUUACUAACAUCGAGAAUGUGCCAGUAAAGGACAGGUAA